AUGCGACCUGAAACGCCCCGGAUGCUCUCUGUGUGUAAGGAGGGGGUCGAGAGGAUUAAAUCAUCACCACCGACCAUGGAUGAGCUAAAUGCUCAAAUGAAGCAACCCGAGAUCAACACGGCUAGCCCCUUUGAUGAUCUGCUCAGCCCAAUGUUUCCAAUGACAUUAAGAGACGACCACGCUGAUGUCCUAUCUAUAGCCACAUUGGAUGAAUCAUGGGAUUUGAAUACUUUAGGAAAGUGCACCUGGUUGGAGUCUUUCUUUCCGUCCGGCAACUGUCUAGAUGAAGGACUAAAAGCUCAGUUACUCCUUAAUGGGAUCUUUGGUCUAUCAGCCAGGUUCAGCACUUCUCUGUUUCAUUCAAUGGACCCGGUAAACAGAGGAAAUCAAUUCACUGAACGCGCAUCGGCUCUGUGGGAUGAAAUUUACAAAGAUCACAAAUCGGACAUCCGUUCUCUACAAUGUCUACAAGGACUUAUUCUAGUUACAUUCAAUGCCUUGCAAUCUGGUCCUUCGGAACAUGCAUGGAGUCUGUGUGGACAUUGUGUACGCCUCGCAUAUGACCUGGACCUUCACACCAUUGAUGCAAAUUAUGAUCACAGGGAAGAGAGUCUUGAUGAGUGGGUCGCACUAGAAGAGAAACGCCGCGCUUGGUGGACAAUCUGGGAGAUGGACACCUUCUCAUCCGCUAUGUCACGAAGACCUUUCGCAAUAGACUGCCGCUUUACUCAAGUUCUACUUCCUGUUUCUGAUAUAGCAUGGUACAACAAAACACGAGUUCCUUCGGGAUUUCUAAAUCUGCAUCUAGAUAUGCCUUGGAAAUGUCUUUGUGACUCCCCAAAUCAAGAGCCGAGGGCCUGGUUCUUGAUAUCCCUGGCUGCUUUCAGACACUCUUUCGAAGUGAUGCUGUUACCAGAGGCACAUCCACAGUUACUGCAUGACGCUGAAGCGAUGAUAGCAUGCUUCGCUCUAGCAUUACCCCAAAACUUUCAAACGGACUCGGGAUCCAUGGUUUUUAACAAAACUAAUUUUGCGAGGAACAACUGGAUUGUCUGCACAUUAAUAAUUCUUCAGUGUGCUCGAUCUUUAAUCGAGGUUAAAAUGCAUCAACUUGGCAUGAAUAACAGCAAAUCGUACGAGACAAGUUUCUCAGCGCGCCCAUCAGAUAUAAUGUCUCGCAAUUUGCACCAAACAUGUACUUCAAGUCUCAGCGAGCUCAUUAGUGCCGCGCAAUCAAUGUCACCACAGUAUAUACCUGUCUGUUCUCCCUUUAUUCUCUGUGCCCUACUCGGGCCCGGAACGGCCCAUGUUCCAGACGAUCGACUCUCUCAAGCAGAUCGAUCAAACCAAUUGUGUGCUGAGACUAUCAGACUUAUUCUGCGCAACUACGGAAGAUAUUGGGUUAUAGGGAAGGUCCUUAUGGGUACGCCACACCUACUGGUUGAUUGGUUUCAGGGCUGACACUUGCUUUAGAAGUGCUUGAAUUGCAUGGAAAGUCGGGUCGAUCCUCUGCCACAACAAGCAAACACUCAUAUGGAGAAUUUAGGCCACAGUGGCGCGGAUUGGUUGACAGUGCCUAUUGAUUUGGAAUGUAAAGGGACAUGACAGCCCACUCAAGUCAUCGCAUGAAGCAGAUUGUGAUGACGUGAUCCGUAUCUGUCUUAUGUUGAGACAUUACCAGCUCAGGACACCCUUCAGGAGAUGGAAAUGAAAUGCCAACACUUGCGUUGGAAAAUUUGAUCCCGAUAUGUAUCAAAGCCAACAUUAUUAUUACUGCAUACUAUCUAAUGAGAAUACCUAUCAAUCGUUGG